AUGUUGCUCGACCAUGCCCGAAUACUGACCUCGGUCGUUGCAGGGGGGAACAAGGAUAACCUCUACGAACCCGCCCUCGCAGACAGCGAACGAGAAGCCGUUGCAGAUCUCCUACAAUACCUCGAGAAUCGAGGAGAAACAGACUUCUUUUCCGGAGAACCAUUACGAGCAUUAAGCACUCUUGUCUAUUCGGACAAUGUUGACCUACAACGGAGCGCUAGCCUCACAUUUGCCGAGAUCACAGAGCGAGACGUGAGAGAAGUUGAUAGAGACACCUUGGAACCCAUCCUAUUCCUCCUACAAAACCCCGACAUUGAAGUCCAACGAGCUGCUAGUGCAGCCCUAGGCAAUCUGGCUGUGAAUCCGGAAAACAAGGUCGCUAUCGUCCAACUCGGCGGAUUACCUCCUCUCAUCCGUCAGAUGAUGUCCCCCAAUGUCGAGGUCCAGUGCAAUGCUGUCGGCUGCAUUACCAAUCUUGCUACCCAUGAAGAUAACAAAGCCAAGAUCGCAAGGUCAGGAGCGUUGGGUCCGUUGACAAGGCUGGCAAAGUCCAAAGAUAUGCGAGUUCAGAGGAAUGCAACCGGCGCGCUGCUCAACAUGACACAUUCUGAUGAUAACAGACAACAACUCGUCAAUGCUGGAGCCAUCCCGGUGCUCGUUCAACUGCUUCAAUCGCCUGAUAUGGAUGUCCAAUAUUACUGCACCACAGCUCUCAGCAACAUCGCCGUCGACGCAUCCAACAGAAAGAAACUCGCCCAGACCGAACCACGGCUUGUCCAAUCACUGGUCCAAUUGAUGGACUCAGGAACACCCAAGGUGCAGUGUCAGGCCGCACUGGCUCUCCGAAAUUUGGCAUCAGAUGAAAAGUACCAACUGGAGAUUGUUCGAGCUAGAGGCUUGCAACCACUUCUCCGCCUCCUUCAGUCCUCGUACCUACCACUUAUCCUUUCUGCCGUCGCGUGCAUUCGCAAUAUUUCGAUCCACCCUCUGAACGAAUCGCCCAUCAUUGACGCCGGCUUCCUCAAACCACUGGUGGAUCUUCUCGGCUCUACGGAGAACGAGGAGAUCCAAUGCCAUGCUAUUUCGACUCUACGCAAUCUCGCUGCAAGCUCCGACCGGAACAAGCAACUCGUUUUGGAGGCCGGAGCAGUGCAGAAAUGCAAGGAGCUUGUUCUGCAUGUGCCGUUGAGUGUACAAUCUGAGAUGACGGCGUGUAUUGCGGUGUUGGCAUUGAGCGACGAACUAAAGACACACCUGCUCAACAUGGGGGUCUUCGACGUCUUGAUUCCUCUGACUGAUUCGGAAAGCAUUGAAGUUCAAGGGAAUAGUGCCGCCGCGCUUGGCAAUUUGUCCUCCAAGGUUGGCGACUAUUCGAUUUUCGUUCGCGAUUGGACAGAGCCAAACGGUGGCAUUCACGGCUAUCUCAAGCGUUUCCUAUGCAGUGGUGACCCCACGUUUCAACACAUUGCAAUCUGGACGUUGCUGCAGCUACUGGAGUCGGACGACAAGAAGCUUGUGAGCUUGGUGGCCAAGUCUGAAGACAUCAUCCAGAUGGUCAAGACGAUUGCCGACAAGCAUGUUGAAUCCGAUGACGAGGAAGGUGAGGAGGGUGAGGGUGAGGUGAUUGCUCUUGCUCAAAGAUCUUUGGAAUUGCUUGGUAAGGGGCCCAAGCAGACCCUGGUGGAAGGUUGA